AUGGAACUUGGAAAAUUCUUCGUGCUGGUUUUGGCCUGCAUUUUGCUCGUUUCGGGCAAUGCAGAUGCCAAAUUCAAACGCGGGGAAAUCUCUACGGAACAGGAUAUUGCCUUUUUGGAUCAGUUUUACUUCCAAAACACCGAAGACAAUAUUCUGAACUAUACUAUAACCUACCCAGCUGACCAAUGCUGCUAUCGACUUGUCAUAUUCGAUGAAAGCUAUGGACAGUGGGGAAGCAUACGACCGAACGAAAAUAGACUGACCUGUCGGGGAAAGAUUGAUCGGGUUAAAGAUCUUGAUUUUAAAAUCAAAUUGACUGGUCUUGAUCCUGCUUGUCACGUGAUCACUGAUGACUAUGGUUUCAAAUGGCUGGUUUGUCAAGGUACCAUCGACUUCGAAUCCCGACAGCGCCCACAGUACUAUUUUGUUCACCUGACUAAUUGCCGAUCCAACCGGAAAGGGCUGAGGAAUGUCUCGUUUUCUUUGCACAUGACAAAUGGAAACAAUCGUCUCAAAGAAUUCGCUGAAAAUCAGAAAUUCAUGAUGGAGACUGACUUGGCCUUCUUUCUUGGAUACGUGGUGAUGACUAUCGUGGCUACUCGAUUCAGAUGUAAGCUUAAAUGAUUUUCAAUUCGUUAUUAAAUAUAAUUGGU